AUGGAUCCCGAGAAGCCUUGUCAAGUCUUCUACAUCCGAGAGAUAUUGGAGAUGAUUCUGCUAAAGGUAGGCAUGCGCACGCUCCUGAACUCGGGGCAACGAGUCUGUCGCUACUGGAGAGAGCUCAUCCAAAACUCCUCUCGGCUUCAAGUUGUUCUGUUCUUCAAGCCAUCGACCAGAAGUCUCCGGCCGGGUCGGAUCCCGGUGCUCAAUCCGCUGAUAAACAAGACACACUUCGGAACAUACUUCGGCAGACAGUCCCGUCUAACGGAAGAGGAUAUUAUACACAUGCGCCCCGAAGCCAGCUGGAAGCGCAUGCUCAUUCGACAGCCUCCGACAUCCAGUGUCGGCAUAUGCGAGUUUCAAUCGGCAGAUCCUUUUGAUUCCAUGCUUUCUAAAGUACAGCUUGUCCCCAUGGAUGAUGUUCUUAGAUUAGGCCACUUGGAUCUCUUCAUUCCGCCCCCCGGUGAUUUAGAAGCACCGGACGCCACACUUCCCACGCUUAGUGACUACGCUUGA